AUGAAAAUUAAUAAAAAGAACUACUCUAUUGUAAAAUUGUAAAAUUAUUAUUAGUUUUUAAUGUGGUUUAUUGAUUUAUUUUUAAUUCUAAAUUUCUUAGUUUUUUUAAGGUUAAUUUUAAUGAAAUAAUUUAAGCUCAAGGUUAUUUGUUUUAGCAGCCAAUGUUUUCAAUCCAAUCACAUCCUCUAUAAUGUUUGCACAUAUAAAAUUAAUCAAUUUCAUUACAAGCAGUUGUGUAGCAGUUUAAAUUAGUAGCAUCCCAUACGCAGGUAGACUGUUCUGUGCAUGAAAUUUAAUCAUUGUAAUUAUGACAUUGAGUUACUAUUUUAUACUCUAUUUUCAUUAUUUCAACACAAGUUUCUUCUAAAGUCCACUCACACAAAUGAUUAAAUUAGCACUAAACGCGAUUUCUUCCUUAGCAUGAUGUAAACUAAGCAGUAACAGAAGAAAGAAUGA